AUGGGGGAUGAUGAAGAAGAAGGCCAUGAAGAGGAAGCGGAAGCGGGAGGAGCUGCCGGUGUUGAGGAAAGUGAUCCGGGAAGUGAAGAAAACAGGAAGAGAAGAGAAGCCCAAACCAAGAGAGAGCACGAUGCUAUGACGCACGAGGAGCGUGUGAGGUUAGAUCAGAUAGAGGCCAGUUCGAGUCGAAGGGGAGAUGAUGACGAGGAGUCCAAGGAAGACACCGAAGAAUCGGAGAGCGAGUCAUUCCAGCGCGGUGUUGUGAGGAAAGCCAAACCCCCUCCAAAGCCUACUCGCUCCACGCAAAUCUUCCCUUCGAAACACAACUUCACAUGA